CCUUUCCACCAAUAGAUAGGAAAUAUUUGAACUUGUUAAGUAUUAGUAAAAACACCCAAGUUCUACCGAAAAAUAAUUAAUCUCAAUAUUGAAGUUAAGCUUAUAUAUCUUGUUUAGACUCUCGCAUUCCCAUUUAAUUAUGAGUCGUUUGUUUUGGUAUAUUGGUAAAAAUGGCACUUGUACUCCAUUGGCCUAGUAUUAACUAUUUCUGGCGAGUAGGGUUUUAGGUCGGCGGCACACAUUAAAACCAUCUUCCCCGAAGAGAAAGGAGAAGAAGGGGGGAAAAUGCCAAAAAAUGAAGCUUGGAAAUGAAGCCAAAAUCCAAAAGGUGGUCUCCAGAUUCAGCGCCUGGAAAAUGGAAUGGAAGGGGGAAAAAAAGUAGUCCAUCUUGCUCCAAACUUCUACGUUAUGAGAUAUAUUAUUAUCACUUUAUCAGCAGAAAAAAAAAAUGGCUGAGCCCUUCUACUUCUUCUACACAACUCUCUCUCUCUCUCUCUCUGUACUCUGUAGAUGGAGUGUGCAUGUGUUGUGACUCAGGAGAGAGAAAGCUCAGCAAUGGAGGAGUAGAUAGCUUGCUCUUUUAACAUGACAAAGCCUACAUUUCAGCAAACUCUAUCUCACUCCUCUCUCUUUCUCACUAACUAUAAGGCCUAUACAUAAACUCCCAUAAACUGAACCAACUCUUGAUCUUCAAAGGGCAGAGAGAGAGAGAGAGAGAGAGAGAGAGAGAGAGAGAGAGAGAGAGGAAAUGGCAAUCAAGGGGAACUUCAACGGUAGCAGCAGCAAUGGUGGGAACAGCAACAGAGGGAGGCCGUAUGGGGUAAUGCUGCUGAUCGCAUUUGGUGCUGCUUUGCUUGGAGUUCUAGUGGUUCACAAGCUCAGAGAAAGGCGCAUCUUCAAUCUCCUUGUCACUGACAAAGAACAACAGCUCUUCUCCCUUCACCUUCUCCUGCAGAAGGAGAGAGAACAGAGCAGUGAAAUGAAGAGAAAAGCAGAGGACAUGAAAGCAGCGCUCCAGAAAGUGACGACCGAGAAGAUGGAGCUUGAGAGGAGAGUGGUGGAGCUGCAAUCCAGCAUCGAUUCCCUAAAAGACGAAGGGAAGGCCUUGGAGAUUGCUCUCGAGGAGAAGCAGAGCGAGAUCAAGUUGCUGAGGGGGGAUGCAACUCCUUCAGAGGAUGGAGACAAGAAAAGUAAUCCCCAAGUUGCUGAGAGUUUGAAGCAGAAGGAAGCUGAAAAUCUGGAGUUGAAGAAGCAUCGUCAUCGUCGUCAUCACCAUCGUGGGGUCGAGAACCCGGUCAAGGUCUGGUCAGCAGGUUCGGAUGAGGAUCCUUCAUCAAAACCUCUUUCCACCAAUGGGACAAAGGCGGCAGAUGAUGCAGUAGUAGCAGUAGGUCAGGAGAAGAAGGACGAAGCGUCUAGGAAGCUAUCUGAUGGGGAGAGUGCCAUUGUUGAGAAUAAUGGAAGUGAUAAUAGGAGGAAGUUGUCCAGAGAAGAAGGAUUAUUGCCUGCCGCUGUAGCUGGAAGCAAUGGAACUACUUCUCCAGGUGAAGCUGCAAGGAAGACGAAACAUGUCCACUCGAGAAAGGCCAGAGGAAAGAAGUGGAGGGUGGGUGCUAGAAACAGAUGGUUGGGGAACAACAAGAUGAGCAAUGAAGAUGACAACGAAGAAGACGGUGAAGGUGAAGGGGGCAAGAGAAGUACUACUUCGACCAUGAAGGAAAUAGCAGCAGUAAAUGAGUCAGGGGAUUCUUCGGGUGCUCAGUUAUCAAAGCCAGAAAACUCAGAAAACAGUUCAGGGAAAAGGGACGACAGAUUAAGCAAAGGUACUUUCAAGCUGGAGGAAGGCAAUGAGGUAUCUCAGACUGAUGGAGUUGCCAUGGAUGCAAGCUCACGUAAUGACAAUAAUGCAGAUUCUAUCUACAAAAAGGAAUCAGAGUCGGUUUCAGAUUCAUCGGAGCAAGAAAGAGACGAGUAUAAAGACGAAACAGACCCAUCUGAGUUCUGACCGAAUGAGAUUUCUUUAGAAAAGGUGUUAGUCUCUGAAAUUUCAAGUGGAGAGGGAAUCAAUGAAUUUCAGAUGGUCAUUAUUUUCUCCGGCCACCCAUCCAAAAACUUGGUUACAAGUGGCAAUUUCAAUCCAAUCCACCAAUCCAAUUCAUCAAUCCAUUAAAAAUAUCCACCUAAUUCAAUCCAUUUAAAUCCAAUCCAUUUUAUCCAAAUCCAAUUGGAUUGGUGGAUUCAUGGAUUGGAUCCAUGGAUCAUUGGCAAAUUACGGUUUAGUACCUAUAAUUUUUAUUUUUUACAUUUUGGUACCUAAAAGUUAAUUUUUUAUACGAAAAAUAUCAUUGAAAAAUUACGUUUUGGUACCUAAAAAUUUUCAUUAUGACAUUUUAGUACCUAAACUUUUUACAUUUACAUAUUGGUCCUUGGUUGAGGAUAUCAUUUGGAUUCAUAAAUCCAUAAAUCCAUUAGAUCCAAUCCAUUUGAUCCAUGGAUCCACCAAUCCAAUCCACCAAUCCAAUCCAUUUGCCACCUCUAACCACUUGUUAUGUUCAUUGAGAACAAAAACAGUCUCCAAUUAAGCUUUAAACUUCGA